CUUCAUGGUUCUGUGAAAACAUAUAGAAAGAAACCCUUUCUAAUUUAAAAUUACACUGUUGCUGAAAAUAAAGAUUUGAUUUAUAGUAUAUAGAGACACAUAUUAUCUAUAAACAUAUAUCUUUAUCGACUAUUUUUCGUUUAUGGUGUACUGACCCUGUUAUCAUAUGUUUCAAUGAAGUGAGAAACCUUAUGCAAGUCAUGUCUGCUACAUCUAUAGUUCUAUGAUCUAGAAGGUAGGGAGAUGUUUGUCAAAUGAAUCACAGCCUGUAUAAACGAGUCUAUCGUGUUACAUAAGUACUAAUCAAACCACGACACCAAGAUGUAAUGCCACAGAUCACGGAUCAUCUUCAGUGAAGAAAGUAUAAACAUGGCGUUGAGACAAUUCAUACAGAAAAAUGUAAAAUGGAUCCUUCCCCUUUUCCUAUUUAUUGUCCUUUUAUCCUUUACUUGGAGAAGAUCAGUCAUAAUACCAGUCUUCUUACCCUGCCAGGAAACCGAGACCAUCAAGAAUAAAAAUCUAGACACAAAAAUUCUUACAGAGAAAAAGGAGACAGAAUUAGUUAUUCUAGUUUGGGUUUAUCCAUUUGGACAAAGGUUUCCACUUGAUAUCUGUGGCACAGAUUAUGGAAUAUCUGGCUGCAAGCUAACAGCGGAUAGGGAGCUCUAUAAUGUUUCUGAUGCUGUCAUCAUACAUCAUUUUGAUACCAUGUACAACAAAGACACGUUGCCUCAAACACCAAGGCCUCAUUACCAGCGAUGGGUGUGGUUCAACCUUGAACCUCCAUUAAUUAUACAGAAUUUGCAUUUCCUGGAUAAUCUGUUUAACCUGACUAUGACAUUCCGCCAAGAUUCGGAUAUCUACAUACCAUAUGGCCGUAUUGAAGCAGCGAAGGAACCACAGAAUGUUACCAUUCCACUCAAGUCUAAGUUAGUGGCCUGGGUAGUCAGUAAGUGGUACCCAGGUGCCCCGCGAGUCAAGUAUUAUGAAGAACUUAAAAAGCAUAUUUCAGUCGAUAUCUAUGGGACGAAUCAUCUGGAACUGAACAAAAAAGAUUUCAACAACACUAUUUCCGAGUACAAGUUUUACCUGGCUUUUGAGAACUCCAUCUAUAAGGACUAUAUCACGGAGAAAAUAUGGUCGAAUGCAUUUGGUACCUGGAGUGUGCCAGUUGUUUUAGGCACCUCUCGUAAGAACUAUGAACGAUUCAUUCCUGGGGACGCCUUUAUUCACGUAGAUGAUUUUUCAAGUGCUAAGGAACUUGCUGAUUUUCUUCUGCAACUGGACAAGGAUGACGACAGAUACAGGAAGUAUUUUCAUUGGAGACAUCAGCACCGUGUAAUAUUAUCUGGUGACUGGGCAGCCUGGUUCUGCAAAGCUUGCAGAGUACUAAAACAGAAAACUGAAUAUCAAGUCAUUCAUAGUGUGGAAAAGUGGUUUCUGGGAAAUGCCUCUUUCAAUGUGUCGCAUGAAUAAUUUUACUGUUAUGUGCCAUUUUUCACCAAAAAAAUCAAUGAGUUCUCCCGGGAAGUGUGAUCAUCAUUUGAACUCUUGUUCAAUCAGUCUUGUAUCCCAUUGCACAAAAGAGUAAGACUGCAAUUGUGAGGAACUCCCUGGAUUCAAACUACGGACCUGUUAUGUUAAAGGCACUGCUCCUCCAGCUUGAGCCACAGGAUGAAGUGUGGUGGCACCCUAAUUUUGACAGGAUGCCUUUUGUUUUAAUGCCUCAUGUCAGUUUCUGCAAGUACACACCCUCUAUCAAGCUGAGGGCAAUUGCUCCUUUGUGGGCUACUUAAACCUAAUUCCCCAACACCCUGUGCUGGAUUAUUGGCCCUACUGGUAACUCCAAGCCCUGUGCAGCAACGUAACUAGAGGGGACGGGCCCUGGCGCGGGACGCGUAACUGGGC